AAAUUGUAAUAGUUGGAAUAUCUCGGGAAAAUCUCAAAAACAUUGUCUCCUUCUUUUUCCUUCUCUCUCUAAAAUUUUAUGUACCAAAAAUUAAAAAAUGUAUUGUCUUAAUCAUUCUACCGCCUUCCCUUCAACUUCUCCACUUUGCCUUCCUUCCUCCACACCAUUCAAUAGUUCUUCAUUACUCAAUAAGAGAAACAACCAACUUGGUUGGGCAUUUAGCCUGAGAUGUAAUGCAAUUUCCAAGCCUACCACCAAUGAUUAUAGAGAACUUCUUCAAGAUGAACUUCCACUUUUGAAGCAUCAGCUUGACAUUGUGGACGAUGACGUUAAAAGUCUUGGAAUCAAGGUUUACACAACAAGUGGGAUUAAGGAAAAUGUGGAAAAAAUAAGGGAAAUAUUGAAGUGUCUGAAUGACGGAGACAUUAGCAUAUCCCCAUACGACACCGCUUGGGUUGCACUUGUGAAAGACAACAAUGGAAGUCCUCUUUUUCCAUCAAGUCUUCAAUGGAUCGUUGAUAACCAACAUCAAGAUGGUUCUUGGGGUGAUCAUCUUCUUUUUUCUCCUCAUGAUCGAAUAAUCAACACUUUAGCUUGCGUUAUUGCCCUUAAAUCUUGGAAUGUUUAUCUUGAUAAGUGCCAAAAAGGGAUCUUAUUUCUAAAAGAAAAUAUUAAUAAGCUUCAAGAGGAGAGUAUGGAGCAUAUGCCAAUUGGAUUUGAAAUUGCUUUUCCGUCCCUUAUCGAGUUGGCUCAAAGUUAUGGAAUUGAGGUUGCACAAGACUCUCCAGCUAUGCAAGAUAUCUAUGCCAAAAGGGACUUAAAGCUUACAAGGAUACCAAAAGAAAUCAUGCAUAGAAUGCCUACCACAUUGUUGCAUAGCUUGGAAGGAAUGGAUGGCCUUGAUUGGGAAAAGCUUCUUAAAUUACAAAGCAAAGAUGGAUCCUUUUUGUUCUCCCCUUCUUCAACUGCCUAUGCACUUAUGCAAACCAAGGAUCUCAAUUGUUUUAACUACUUAAACAAUAUUGUCCAAAGGUUUAAUGGCGGAGCUCCUAACGUGUACCCAAUUGACUUGUUCGAGCACAUAUGGGUUGUUGAUCGCUUGGAAAGGCUUGGAAUUUCACGAUAUUUUACUCAUGAGAUUAACGAAUGUCUGAGUUAUGUUGAGAGAUAUUGGACAGAGCGUGGAAUAUGUUGGGCAAGAAACUCUGACGUGCAAGACAUUGAUGAUACAGCAAUGGCAUUCAGACUUUUAAGGUUACACGGUUAUCAGGUUUCUGCAGGUGUAUUCAAGAAUUUUGAGAAAGAAGGGAAGUUCUUUGCCUUUUAUGGACAGUCAACACAAGCAGUGAGUGGGAUGUACAACCUGUUUAGGGCUUCUCAGUUGCAGUAUCCUGGAGAGACUAUUCUUGAGAAAGCUAGACUUUUCUCCUUUAAAUACUUGAAGGAGAAACAACUCUCUAAUCAACUACUCGAUAAAUGGAGUAUAGCCAAAGACCUACAGGGAGAGGUGACAUAUGCAUUAGAUAUACCUUGGUAUGCCAAUCUUCCUCGUCUUGAGACAAGGUUCUACAUCGAGCAAUAUGGUGGAGAAAGUGAUGUUUGGAUUGGGAAGACUCUUUACAGGAUACCUAACGUGAGCAACAAUGCUUAUCUUGAACUGGCAAAAUUGGACUACAACAACAUUCAAGCAUUACAUAAACAAGAGUGGAACAACUUAUUAAGGUGGUACUUAGACUACAACCUAAAGGAGUUGGGUGUGAGCCAAAGAAGUCUUCUAGUAACGUAUUUUGUUGCAUCAUCAACCAUAUUCGAACCCGAAAAAUCGAACGCGCGAAUUGCAUGGGCUAAGACAGCUGCCUUGAUAGAAGCCAUUGAUUUCGAGUUCACAAAGGAGUAUUCUUCUAAUUUAUUUGAAGAAAAAAAAUGUUUUGUUACUGAAUUUCAGCAUUCUUACAUAAGUCAAGGCUAUCUAAACAAUGGAGGAAGGAAAUUACUUUCUGUCAAAAAAAAACAAACUUUGGUGGGUCUUAUUUUGAGUACUAUUGAUGAGCUUUCAAUGGAUGCAUUUGUGACUCAUGAAAUUAACAUACGUAACCAACUUUUCCAAGCUUGGGAGAAAUGGUUAAAGAGGUGGGAAAGAGAGGAUAGACAUGAAGGCGAGGUGGAAUUUAUAAUCCGGAUCAUAAUUGAAGUCUGUGCCAACCGUUGGAUGUCUGAAAACAUAACUUCAAAUUGUAGUGAUGAUAGAUUAAUUUUGUCGCUCCUGAAUAUGACAAGUCGUUUAUGCCACAACCUUCUUCAUCAUCCAAGGGAUAACAAUAAGGUACAUUGUGUGAGAAUUAGUGGUGGAGGAUAUACCGACAUCAAAGCAGUGGAAUUAGAAAUGGACAUGCAAAAAUUGACGGAAUUGAUUCUAUCAAACUCAAUGAAUAUCAUAAAUCAUAAUGUGAAGGAGACAUGUUUAGCUUUAGUCAAAGCUUACUUCUACAUUAAUCAUUGUUCUUCACAACAAAUUGAUUAUCACAUUCAUAAAGUUUUAUUUCAAAAAUUAGAUUAAUUUGUCCUAUCUUGUAAUUACCAAAUUGACCCCAUUAUACUUUCUUAUUUUGCACACACUAAAAAAAUAGAGAUUAGUAAAUUAUAAGAGGUUAAUAAUUAUUGUAGAAACUUUUUAUUGUAUUUAUAUAUAGUUGUAUAUGAUUUGAAAUUUGUUUAUACUAUACUAAUUAAUGGUUCUUUCA